GUUCGCGGCUCCAAAGCUUCAUCGCCGCCACCAUUCCCACUCGCUGCAGUGGCCGCGGCCGUGGCCGAGCUCGCGCUCCCAAACCCCACGUCCUCGUCCUCUUCUCUCUCAGCUCGAGCCUAAAUGCUCUGUUCUGAGUGCGAUUGGGUAAGUGAUGCGUAGGGUUUCCUUGUGGCAGCUACAGCUCCAGAAAUCGAGGUGAAAUGGGCGACUACGGCCCGUCGAAGGGUUGGGAGGUGGUCGUCGACGACCGACAAUCGCUUGAUCGGAAGAUCGACGCGAUUCGGAAUGCUGGGCCUCAGAAGCUCCAGGUGAUUGCAGAUUUUGAUGCAACACUGACUAGGUACUGGGUUAAUGGCUGCCGGGGCCAAAGCAGUCAUGGCCUUUUGCAACAGGGGAAUCCGGAAUAUGAUGCUAAGAGGCAGCAAUUAUAUGAAUAUUAUCACCCACUAGAGUUCUCACCAACAAUUCCAAUUGAUGAAAAGACAAAGCUCAUGGAAGAGUGGUGGGAGAAGACUCAUGCUCUUCUUGUUGAGGGUGGCCUUACCUAUGAUGAUAUAAAGAAGUCUGUCGCUAGUGCUAACAUUGCUUUUAGAGAGGGUGUGGUUGAACUCUUUGAGUUUUUGGAGGAAAGAGGCAUUCCUAUCCUUAUUUUUUCUGCAGGGCUAGCAGACAUUAUAGAGGAGGUCUUAAGGCAGAAGCUCCACAGAUCUUUCAGAAACAUCAGGGUUGUCUCAAACCGGAUGGAGUUUGACAAUGAUGGUGGCCUUAUAUCUUUCAAAGGGAGGACAAUUCACAGUCUGAACAAAAAUGAGCAUGCACUUGAUAUGGCUGCUCCGCUUCACGAGCAAUUAGGUGAUGUUAACGGAACAGUUGAUGAUAGUGCCUCAGUUAAGAUGAGAACCAAUGUCUUGCUUCUCGGGGACCAUAUUGGGGACUUGGGCAUGUCUGAUGGUCUGAGCUAUGAAACUCGAGUAUCAGUGGGAUUUUUGAAUGACAAUAUUGAGGGUUCUAUCAAUAGCUACCGCAAGGCAUUUGAUGUCGUUUAUCUGAAUGACGCUCCUAUGUCGGGGGUGCUGGAGCUUGCCUCUCAACUUCUUCCAGCCAAAGCCACUUGACUGCAGCUGACCCGUUCUUUUGGUUAAUUCAUUCAGGCCCUUAAUUUCGAGGCAGAAACUUUUCACAAUUCAUUUAAGAUGAAUAUUAGGCUUAGUAGAAAGAUGUCAUUAUAUCUUCUGCUGCCGAAUCACAGUGGUCGCCUCCACGCGAGUCCCGUGAUCAAUUGUGAAGGUGACCUCAUGAGAUUUAAUCGGUAGAUCUCAUACCAUGUUGAGCAUUAAUUAUGUAGUGAUGCGUUGGUAUUCUUGGUCCUAAA